AUGAGACCAAUACUACUGCAAGGCCAUGAACGGUCCUUGACUCAGAUCAAAUACACCAAAGACGGCGACAUCCUCUUCUCCUGCGCCAAAGACCAAGUGAUCUGCGCCUGGUUCUCCGCCAACGGCGAACGCCUCGGCACCUACCACGGCCACCAAGGCGCCCUCUGGACCAUCGACAUCGACCCCAGCACCACCCUCCUCGCCUCCGGCGCCGCCGACAACACCGUCCGCCUUUGGGACAUCCGCACGGGUAAAUGCAUCAAAGUAUGGGAUUUCAACACGGCGGUCAAGAGGGUCGAGUUCAAUGAUGAUGGGACGAAACUGCUCGCUGUGACGGAGAAGAGAAUGGGGUAUUUGGGGACGAUUGUGGUGCUCGAUGUCAAGGUAGAUGUGGAGGCGGAGCAGAGCGAUGAGAGAAGUUUGGUCAUUACGUGCGAUGAGAGUAAGGCUACGGUGGCGGGGUGGAGUUAUCUGAGUAGGUAUAUCAUUGCGGGGCACGAGGAUGGGACCGUCAGUCAGUACGAUGCGAAGUCCGGCGACCUCCUCAUCAACGAGCCAGUGCACGAAGACGGCGGGCAAGUCACCGACCUCCAAAUGUCCUCCGACCGCACCUACUUCAUCACCGCCUCCAAAGACAAGACCGCCAAACUCAUCUCCGCCCGCGACCUCACCCUCCUGAAAACCUACCCCUCCGACACCCCCCUCAACACCGCCGCCAUCACCCCCAAGAAACCCUUCGUGAUCCUCGGCGGCGGCCAAGCCGCCAUGGACGUCACCACCACAUCGUCCCGGCAAGGCAAAUUCGAAGCCCGCUUCUACCACAAGGUAUUCGAAGACGAGAUCGGCCGCGUCAAGGGGCACUUCGGCCCGCUGAACACGGUGGCGGUGGAUCCGUUGGGGAGAGGGUAUGCCAGUGGCGGGGAGGACGGGUAUGUGAGAGUGCAUGCGUUUGAUAGGGGGUAUUUCGAUUUCGGGUAUGAGGUGGAGAGGGAGAUGGGGUUGGUGGGGAAGCGGUAG